GGUGAGUACCGAGGGUGCGGGGCCGGGAACCGCUCGUACCGGGGUCGGGCAGCCAGCGCAGCGUGCCCUCUCCCCUCCACCUCCUCGUCCUUCCCUGCCCGGGAUCGGCUCUUGGCCGGGAACGCAGCUGCCCCAGAGUUGGGAUGUGGCCGGCGGUGUUUGGACGCAUUGGCGCUGGGAUAGAGCCCGUGAGGGGCCCACUCGUGUGGGCGGAGCUGGCUGUGACCAUGGGGCUUCCCCUUGGUGGGGAUCGUGGAUGGCUUCCUCAAGGGUCCCAAGAUGCUGUGUUUGAUUGGGAGGGCGACGAAGCUGGUGAGGAGCCUGGAGCGCAAGUCUGAUGAGAAGCGGCUGAGACAACUGGGGCUGUUUACCCUGGGGAGCAGGAGGCUGAGGGGAGACCCUAUCGCUGUCUACAACUACCUGAAAGGAGGUUGUAGCGUGGAGGGUGUUGGUCUCUUCUCCCAAGUAGCAAGUGACAGGACAAAAGGAAGUGGCCUCAAGUUGCAACAAGGGAGGUUUUGAUUGGAUAUUAGGAAAAAAUUCUUCACAGGAAGGGUUGUCAGGCACUGGAACAGGCUGCCCAGGGCAGUGGUGGAGUCACCAUCCCUGGGGGGGUUUAAAAGGCGUUCAGACGAGGUUCUGAGGGACAUGGUUUAGUACUAGAGUUAGGUUAGGUCAUGCUUGGACUCGAUGAUCCUGAGGAUCUCUUCCAACCGAAAUGAUUGUUUGGUGUUUGGUGGCGGCUCAAGCAGCAGUGUCAGCGUGCCUCAGUGAUCCGCAUACAGAAAGCGGUGUGCACUCUACUCUUUUUACUAAAAUACUGAAUAUUCAUUUAAAACGACAAAAAAAAUACAACUGGAAUAAUAUCCCAGAUUUUUUCAUGUGUUUGGAUCUUUUCUGCUUACAAAAAUAUUUUAAUCAUGAGCUGUGGGAAUGAUUUUGUGGAAACUCUUAAGAAAAUUGGAUAUCCCAAGGCUGAUGAGCUUAAUGGAGAAGAUUUUGAUUGGCUGUUUGAGUCUUCGGAAGAGAAAUCAUUUAUGGAGUGGUUUUGUGGAAAUGUAAAUGAGCAGUGUGUGGUAUCUGAAAAAGAACUGCAAGAGUUUGAUAGUCUUCUUGAGUCUGGUAAGCCCAUUUUGGAAGGAAAUGCACUGGAUGAAGUCCUUAAAACCUUGAAGCCUGUGGCUUCAAAGAACAGUAGCCAAGAGGAGGAGGAUGAAGAGGAGGAACGGAAGAAAUUAGAGGAUGAGCUUCAAACUCUUCAGAAGUUAAAAAAACUACAAAUUCAUCGGCAUAAUAAGCUUCAAAUAAUGAUUUCUGAAAACAGCCGUGUACUACAAACGUUAAAAAACGAAGAGGAAGAAGCACAUAAAGAUUUGAAAGAAGGACUAGCAGUGUUUACUGCAGCAAAUAAUAAGCUCAGUAAUGAACUGCAGUCUCUUAUAGAUGCAGCUAAGAAACUGGCCUCUUUCUUCACUGCUUCAGAUUCAGAAGAAGGGUCAGCUUCGCAUCCAGUGUUUUUUUCCCAACUUUCUUUGGACAAAUAUUUGUCUCAGGAAGAGCAAAGCACUGCAGCACUUACUUCAUACUUAAAAACGCACUCUUGUCAAGGUAUGUCUGAAUGGGUUGAAAAUUCACAUGAAGACAGCUUUCUACUUGCAGAUAUAAGCAAAGAAGUCACUUCUGAUGAGUCUCAUGAAAUUUGUGAAGAGAGUCUAGAGAUGAGCAGGCUCCAGACAGCGUAUAUUUGUGCUCAGCACCAGCUAAUUCAGAUGCAAGCUAAAGAGGAGAGCAUGAAUUCAGCUAUAAAGUGUGUGGAGAGCAUGCUGCAGUCCUUAAAUGACAAGGAUACUGGAAAACAAGAGAACCUUGAUGCCAAAAUAUCUAGUUUAAAUGAUGAAAUUUCAACAAUUAAACAAGAUAUAACUCGGAUAAACAAUGAAGAGCUGCUUCCCCUUCUGAAAGAGAAUGCACGACUAUUAACUGCUCCGGUGGUGAAAAGCUACUUGGAUCGUCAGAUUGCUCAGCAGGAUUAUUAUGCUUCAAGACAAGAUGAAAUAUGCAGGCAUUUGGUAAGACAGAAAGCAUCAUUUGAACUUAUCGAGCUAGCCUGUGAAAUGGAGUUGAAGAAACAUAAGGAGAUCUACUGUCACCUUGAGAAUCUGGUAGAAUCGCUGAAACAGAGCAUUAAUGAGUUACAACAGAGACUACAGGUGAUAGCUGAGCAAACUCAGCGUGCAAAACCGAGAAAAACUAUUAGUUCAAAUGAUGGUUUCUCUUGCAGGCUAUAUCAGCUUCUGGAAGGAGAAAAUAAAAACCAACAAUUGUUUAAAACAUAUGAAAGCUUGGUACAGAUGGCUCAGAAGUUAAAACAGGACUGUGUUACAGCACAAGAUCAGCUAGAAGCAUCUUCUCAAGAACAGUCUCUCCUUUUGUCCAAGCUAGAAAGUGAUAUAGAUACCCUUUAUGAUGCUCUGUAUCAUGGAGGAAAUCAGAUACAACUCCGUAGUCAGGAACUUACUGAGCAGUUUCACCAACUGGAGGCUGAUUUAAAGAAACUGAAUCAACUCCUUAUGGAUCUGCUUGCUGAUGUGAAGUCAAAGAGAAACUUUUUAGAGUCCAAUAAACUGCAUCAGAUGGAAAGGAACUUGUAUGUGUAUUUUUUCAGAGACCAAGACCGCUUGAAAGAGAUGGUGGAGAAGCUUGAACAGCAGGCUGAGGCUAAAGCCAGUGGUCUGCAAGAUGAGAACUUUAUCACCAGUAAAGUACUUAAUGUUUAAAUUCAAUGUACUCUUAAAAAGGAAAACAUCUUCAUUUAAACUGUCUACAAGUUUAUGGAAUAAGUAUUAGCUUAUCAAGGCUAACAUUUACCUGUCAUUGCAAUGCAUGUUUAACUGCGACAGUUACCACGUUUGGAUUGUAUGCUGAUUUUGGCACCUACCCACCAUGCUCAAAUCUCAGUUUUGUCAGAAUUCUGUGAUACGAAGUAAUACAUUAGUUAUUUGAAUGAAUUACAUUCAGACUGCUCUUCUGCUAGCCUGUAUCUUGAUUUCCACUGCACACAGCAUAGCAGAAAAAGGAACAUUUCAUACCCUUGAGAUCAGUUUUCUUGCAUGCUAAGAACGUCUGAUAUGUGAACUGAAAAAUAAAGGCGGAGAAGGCAUUCCAGAUUUUGGAACAUGGAUGUAAUCUGCUCCUGAGCAGGAGAGUUCUGCAAGGCAGACAUUCCGUAAUUGUUUCUCUUACAAUUCUCCUAAGAAGAUUUGGUUUUGUUAAAAAUGUAUUCGAAUAUGUACCAGAAUCUGUUUCAAGUACCAAGACCAUCCGUUUUAAGACCAUUCCCUUAUCUCAUAAUUUAACUUAUGGCCUACCUUCUCCAUUUAAACCAGUACCUAUUCAUACUGGGCUCUUCAAAGAAAAAUAAGUUUAAAUUUAUCUUUUGAACUUUGAGUUUGCUGUAUAAUUUAUAGUGAUAGGCAUUUCAAUUCAGAGUCCUAAUGCUUUUCAUACUUUAUGUUCAUGUGCGUUGUUAGACUGUUUAUCAAAUUUUCAUAUAGCUUCCCAGUGUACCAAUGGAACUAAAUAGGCUUUUACAGUAUGAUAACUUCCAGUUUAAUAUUUUGAUGGAGUCAGCUGUGCUUGCUUUCAAGUGGUGUACAUAUUGAUGAGGGUUAAUAAAUCAGCUUUAACUUCAGUAGUCUUAAAACUUUUGAUGACAGACUUUUAACUUAUGUAAGUAUAACUUAUUUUUAAAUGUUUAAAUUUUUAACUGAUUGGUUGGAUGUCUUUUAUAUCUGGAUUUCAUGCUGCUUAACUCUCUCUAUACAUUGUGUUUAUUAUUAAAUGCCAAAUACUAUAAAUUCA